AUAUUAAUGGGCAGCAAGGCAAGACGUAGCAACAGCUGCUGCUGCAACUGCUGUUGUCUGUUGCAUUCUGCCAAUCUGCCAUCACAUUCGAAAUCAAUGUAAGUACUUAAUAGGAAGUACAAGACAAGUAGUACAACCACAACAAAUUAUCAUUGGCGCAGUACUCUGCUCUAGUCACUAGUCCAUAGAAAUAAGAAACUACUUGUCGUCCUUAGUUCUACUUACCAUUUUACUCCGGCCGGAGCUCGGAAAUAUCGUGUCAAAUGUUGGAGUUGGACAGCGGCUGUACGCCGCCAAAAUGGAAACGUCCGGAAGACGUGAUGAAGAUGCACAGAAUGAAGAUGAAAAAACGUGCACUGCAAGCAAGAUUUGUCAAAACCAUGGACACAACCACUCCGGGAGAGGUAUCAACUGGCCGGUUGCCGAUUUCACAGAGGUCGCCAGCUAAAAACCCAUUUAGACGAAAAACACCUGUCAAGAACAAAAAGCAAGUGGAUGCACGAGAGACAUUAAAAAGAGCCAGGGUUGAAUAUGAUGAUGAUAAUGCUUGCACUUCAAAUCUAUCUAAGCUGUUACGAGACUGUGAAUCCAUUCCAUCUGUGACCAGCUUUUCUCAGUAUCCUGCUCUUGAUGAAAGCGUCAUCUCAUUUGUAGAUGUUCUUCGCACGGUUAAUCCCGUGGUCGUUGUUGAAGAUUAUUCUUUUCAGGAUGUUGAAGAGAUCAAAGGUGAAAUACAAUUACCAAUUGAUUGGACAUUAAGAACUAAAGUCCGUUUUUUAUCUCCAAACCCGUUUCCAUGGAGCCAAAAAAUAAAAACAUGUGAAGAAGCAUCGGCUACAACCGGAUUUGUGAGGUGUCUAGACACCGAGAACGUUGAAAACUCAUUAGAUACUAGUCCUAAUAGUCGAUUCCAUCAAUGCUGUAUGGCUUGGCAACAUCCAUCCUUACCUUGGGUUGAUCUCAUUCACAGAGGUCCUCGUGUCGCAAUUAAGGAUUCAGCCAGUUCUGUGCCUUCCAUUAAUGCAAAUCAAUUUUUUAGAGAGUCUCUUUUUACUCAUUGGAUUGAUAGUUUCAGAUCUUUAUUUCAGCUUGUUCGAGCUAACCAAUGUCCAUACUUCUAUGUUCUGGCCAAUGCAUUCACAUGUACUUUUAGAGCUUCAAGUGUUGGUGGUUAUGAAGAGCUGAAUGCAAUGAUAUAUCCAACAACCCAAGGACUUCGAGAUGUUCUUAAACGUGAAGAUAUAGAGUUCACAAUGCCAUUACUCGAAGAGAAUGAACAAAGCAGUGAACUCUUUACUAAAAAAACAUUAGAAGAUGCCAAAAUUGGGGAGGAUGAAGAACCUGAACGUUGGUUGGAAACAAUGGGUGCUGAAAAAUCUGAAAUCAAACGCUUACAAAGUUCUCAGAAUGAACUAGUGUCAAGUCGUCAACGAAAAAUUGAUAGUACAAAAGAGUCUUUGGUGGUUGUGACUGGUGUUGAAGCACAAGCCCUAUUUAAUUGGCUAAUAAAUUGUCGAUCAACAGUAUCAAACACGGGACCUCAUGCAGGUAUACCACCUACACUUCUAGCACCAGUAGCAUUUACUGGAGCUACUUUAACACCUCUCAAAGUGAGACAAAGUGUAGUAAAAGUGGAUGGUCAAAGCUACAACUCAAUAGAAGUAAAAGGACCUGUACUGCCAGAUGCAGUCUACAAUUUCUGUGAUUUAUUGUCAAGGUCUUUAAAGAAAUUUACUGCUACAUUUGCCAACUUGGAGAGCAGUAAACCUUUUACAUUAGCUUCAGAGUCAAAAAAAGAAUAUUGUAACAGUCAAAAAUCUGAAGACAAAGCUAUACACUUAUUUGGCCAACAAAACCUUAGUGACUGCGGCCUAAGAGACUCAGUCCUAAAAAAAUUCUGUUCUGCUACUACCAAAGCAUUUGACAGUGUGAAAUACACUAAAGACGAUGGAUAUUUCAUCUCAUAAGCAAUUUUUGUUUACAUACCUUUUAUAAUUUGAAGAUGACUUUGUCUAUAUUUUUAUAAUUUUAAAAUAUUGGGGCUUUAUUUUUUUUAAUUGACCCUUUAUUAUUUAUUAAGAUUUAAGUUCUAAGAUUGAAUUUUAUAAAACA